CCGGGCCCGAUGUUCUAUAGGAUAAUAUAUACGGCUCACUUCAGUGUACUAUAGAGGUCAAUCGCGGCGGCACUGGCGGUAGUCGUCAGUCGUGUCGGGACCACCGAGCGGUGCGGACGUAGUAUCACGUCGUGCGUGUCAACAUCGUUGUUUCGAUCGCGUACGUGCCAGUGACACUUGGCGGUUGCUGCCCGCGGAGAGAGACAUGCAGGAUCGACGCUGAGAGAUACAUAUGUAUACGCACGUCACGAUACGUCACAGUAUGUAAAUCUGCCGCGUCGAUCGCCGAUUGUCGCCGUUGACUUAUCAUCGCACGCACGUACUCGAGCACGCACGCACGCACGCACUUUCCCGCGCAUACACGUAUUCACGAAAAGAAAAAAAAAUAUAUAUAUACACACACAUACACACGCAUACGUAUCAUUACACCGAUCGCCGGACCGCUUGUAGGCGACUGCUCGUCCACCCAGCCUUCGAGACCGAUCAUCGAUCGACCGAUUAUCCGCCUGUCCGCCCGUCGUCAUCGUCACUCCUCGCGCGAAGAAGAGCUGCAUCUCCUCGGCACGAAUAUCAGGAGACGGAAGUGCAUCGGCGUUUUCACUCGUACGUGCAUACGAGCCGAGCGGGCUGUGCGACGUAUCGGACUUUUGUUCCGGGAGCGAUCUCGAUUCAUCGACAGCGCGCGGAGCUGGGCGAGGAGUCUGCGGCCGUCACCGCCGCCACCGCGAGGAAGCAUAGCCAUGAAUAAUUCACUCAGUUAAAGUGGCCAACACAGGAGUUUCUUCGACUUUGAAGGAGACUAAAACAACGGCAUUGAGAUGGGUGAGCUUUUAGGAUCCGCGAGCUUUCUUCACCUCGGCGAUAUCGUCAGCCUCUAUGCCGAGGGAAAUGUAUCCGGGUUUCUUUCCACAUUAGGAUUGGUCGAUGACAGGUGUGUAGUAUGUCCCGAAGCUGGAGAUUUAUCAAACCCGCCGAAGAAAUUCAGAGAUUGUCUCUUCAAAAUAUGUCCCAUGAAUCGGUAUUCCGCCCAAAAGCAAUUCUGGAAGGCAGCAAAACAAAGCGCAAGUUCGGGUACAGAUGCUGUGCUUCUCAAAAGGCUUCAUCAUGCAGCUGAAAUCGAGAAAAAGCAAAAUGAGACCGAAAAUAAGAAACUAUUGGGCACCGUGGUUUCGUACGGUAACGUCGUACAGUUACUGCACCUCAAGUCUAACAAAUUCCUGACGGUGAACAAGAGACUGCCAGCAUUGCUGGAGAAGAACGCGAUGAGGGUUUAUUUGGAUGCAAACGGAAAUGAGGGUUCGUGGCUCUACAUAAUGCCAUUCUAUAAGUUGCGAAGCGACGGUGACAGCGUCGUUGUCGGCGAUAAAGUGAUUAUGGAACCGGUAAACGCGGGUCGUCAGGGCCUUCACGUGGCCGCCAAUUACGAACUAAGCGAUAAUCCCGGCUGCAAGGAAGUCAACGUCGUGAAUUUGUCCACCUCUUGGAAGGUGACCCUCUUUAUGGAACACCGAGAGAAUCAGGAGGAAAUCUUGAAAGGUGGCGAUGUCGUGCGACUGUUUCAUGCUGAGCAAGAAAAAUUUCUGACGAUGGAUGAGUACAAGAAGAAACACCACGUAUUUUUACGGACGACGGGCAGAACCAGCGCUACCGCGGCUACCAGCAGCAAGGCUUUGUGGGAAGUCGAGGUGGUACAACAUGAUCCGUGUAGAGGAGGCGCCGGACAUUGGAAUUCACUUUUUAGAUUUAAACAUCUAGCGACUGGCCAGUAUCUCGCUGCUGAGAUUGAUACGGAUGAGCCACGGGAACCUGUAAAAGGAAAACGCGAUCCACCUGGACCGGUCUAUAGAUUAGUGUCGGUGCCGCAUAGCAACGAAAUUAGCUCAUUAUUCGAACUAGAUCCUACAACUUUAACUCGAGGAGAUAGUUUAGUUCCACAAUCAUCCUUUGUUAGAUUACAUCAUAUAUGCACAAAUACUUGGGUUCAUUCGACAAGCGUACCAAUCGAUAAAGAUGACGAGAAGCCUGUAAUGUCGAAGGUCGGUUGCGCGAUCAGUAAAGAGGAUAAAGAGGCUUUCGCUUUGAGGUCCGUAUCACCGGUCGAAGUGCGCGAUUUAGAUUUCGCAAACGAUGCCUGCAAGGUAUUGACGGCUAUGAACAGCAAGCUGGAAAAGGGAACAAUUUCACAUAACGAACGAAGAGCUGUCACUAGCCUGCUGCAAGAUAUUGUAUACUUUAUAGCUGGUUUAGAGAGCGAACAAAAUAAAUCUGAGGCGUUGGAGCUAAUCGUUUCGAAUGCUGUGAGGGACCGUCAGAAAUUAUUGCGCGAACAAUACAUCCUUGGACAAUUGUUUAAAAUAUUGCAGGCUCCGUUUUUGGAAUCUGCAGAAGGUGAAGGACCGUUUCUUAGGAUAGAUGAACUUAACGAUCCAAGACACGCGCCAUACAAGUAUAUGUUUCGUCUGUGCUACCGAAUACUCAGGCUUUCUCAACAAGAUUACAGAAAGAAUCAGGAAUACAUUGCUAAACAUUUUGCGUUUAUGCAAAAACAAAUCGGCUACGAUAUACUAGCGGAAGAUACCAUCACCGCGCUUUUGCACAAUAACAGAAAAUUGCUGGAGAAACAUAUAACAGCUGCUGAAAUAGAAACGUUUGUGGGUCUUGUCAGAAAAAAUAUGCGUAACUGGGAGUCGAGAUUUUUGGAUUAUUUGUCGGAUUUAUGUAUAUCUAAUAAAAAAGCAAUAGCUGUGACACAAGAAUUAAUUUGCAAAAGCGUACUUAGUGAAAAGAAUAAGGAUAUUUUGUUAGAAACAAAAAUGGUGAAGACUCAAGUAGAAGUCGAAGAUAUUGAUGAGAAGCAAGAAAAUGCUGAACCAAGAAUUACUGUUAUAGAAGAAUUUGAAGUUGUAUUGGAAUGGAAUAAUAGAACCAAAUCAAUGUCUUUGAGUGAACUAUCUAGAGGAGCAAAAAUGGGGAAUGUUCAAGAUGCUGCAAUAUUAGACUAUUAUAGACAUCAAUUAAAUCUAUUUAGUAAUAUGUGUUUGAAUAGGCAAUAUCUAGCAUUAAAUAAUCUGUCGCCACAUUUGGAUAUCGAUCUUAUACUUAAAUGUAUGGAAGAUGAAACAGUGCCAUACGAAUUACGCGCAUCAUUUUGCCGACUUAUGUUACAUCUUCACGUAGAUAGAGAUCCACAAGAACAAGUAACCCCUGUAAAAUAUGCUCGUCUUUGGUCUGAAAUUCCGUCAAAAAUGAGUAUAAACGAUUAUGACACGAAUAAAAUGCCAGACCAUAGUAAAGAGGCUGUUCGUACUAAAUUUAGUUCGACAAUUAUGUUUGUUGAAGAUUAUCUCUGUAAUGUUGUUGCGAAAAUGUGGUCUUUUGGAGAUCAAGAACAGAAUAAGCUUACAUUUGAGGUUGUUAAAUUAGCGCGUGAUCUAAUUUAUUUUGGAUUCUACAGUUUUAACGAUUUAUUAAGUUUAACAAAGACGUUGCUUAGUAUCUUGGAUUGUAUAUCGGAGAAUGAAUCUACCGAUGGAAAAAUACCUACGGGCGAUAUUGAUUCUGAAGGAGGUAUUCUUAGAUGUAUUGGCGACAUGGGUGCUGUGAUGACAAAUUUAACAUUAGGACCAGCUGGUCAAGUGCUACCCAGUUCUUCUCCAAGACCAAAGCCACUAAUGAAGAAAGAAUAUCCUUUGGUGAUGGAUACAAAGCUGAAAAUAAUCGAAAUUUUACAAUUUAUUCUGGAUGUUCGAUUGGAUUACAGAAUCUCAUGUCUCUUGAGUAUAUUUAAACAAGAAUUUGACGAGACAGCAUCGACAGCUGAGAAGACUGGAGAUGUGAUUUUAGGACAGAAAACUAUUGAUUUAGAAGCAAUUGGCACACAUGCGGAAGGAAUAUUUGGGAGCAGCGAAGAAUGUGCAGCACUAGAUUUAGAUGGUCAAGGAGGCAGAACAUUUUUACGUGUUCUGCUGCAUCUAGCAAUGCACGAUUAUCCUCCGUUAGUUUCCGGAGCCUUACAUUUAUUAUUUAGGCAUUUUAGCCAAAGACAAGAAGUUUUACAAGCAUUUAAACAGGUGCAACUUCUGGUUUCGGAUAGCGACGUAGAAUCUUAUAAACAAAUAAAGGCGGAUUUAGAUGUUUUACGUCAGUCUGUCGAGAAAUCUGAGCUUUGGGUGUAUAAAUCCAAAGCGACGGAGGAACAUGGAAAUAAGAAAAAGAAAAGUAAAGAAGAGGAGGAUGAUGGCAUAACUCCUCGUAGACCACCUCUAUUAUCUCUAUCGGAUAAACAAGGCUCUGCUAUUGAUUUGGAUAUCGGUCCACCGUUGCACGCCGAUCAAGCUGAGGAAUACAAAAAGAUUCAGCAAAUUUUAAUAAGAAUGAACAAAUUGUGUAUUCAAACUUUGCCGGGCGGUCAAGUGAAGGCGCGCAAACAUGAACAGAGACUUUUACGCAAUGUCGGAGUACACACUGUCGUUUUGGAUCUUCUACAAGUUCCAUACGACACCAAAGAAGAUAUCAGAAUGAACGAGUUAAUGCGUUUGGCGCAUGAUUUCCUGCAAAACUUUUGCCUGUCGAAUCAACAAAAUCAAGUUCUUUUGCAUAAGCAAUUAGAUCUGUUUUUGAAUCCUGGCAUAAGGGAAGCACAAACAGUAUGCAGUAUCUUCCAAGAUAAUUCUAUUCUCUGCAAUGAAGUCAGUGGAAAGGUCAUACAGCAUUUUGUACAUUGCAUAGAAACACAUGGAAAACAUGUACAAUAUUUGAAAUUUUUGCAAACUAUAGUAAAAGCUGAGAAUCAGUUUAUCCGAAAAUGUCAAGAAAUGGUGAUGCAAGAGUUAGUUCAAUCGGGAGAAGAUGUCCUAAUUUUUUAUAAUGAUAGAGCCUCCUUUAAUCAUUUUGUGGAAAUGAUGCGAUCUGAAAGACAUCGUAUGGAUGAGAGUAGCCCACUUCAGUAUCACGUAGAAUUAGUAAAACUUCUAGCUUGCUGCACAAUGGGUAAGAAUGUCAAUACUGAGAUUAAAUGUCACAGUCUUUUGCCUUUAGACGACAUCGUUGCUAUAGUAUCACAUCCAGACUGUAUACCAGAGGUGAAGGAAGCGUACAUCAAUUUUCUCAAUCAUUGUUAUAUUGAUACAGAAGUCGAGAUGAAGGAAAUUUAUACUUCAAAUCAUAUGUGGUCCUUGUUUGAAAAAUCUUUUAUAGUUGAUAUGGGUUUAAUUGCUUCGUUUACCCACGAUCGACAACAUGCGGAUAUAGCCUUAGAGACUUAUGUGACGAGUUGUCUAAUGAAUAUUAUAUCCACAUUUUUCAGCAGUCCAUUUUCCGAUCAAAGCACCACUGUGCAGAAACAUCUGCACGAGGCUAGACUGUAUUGGAACAUCAAGGAGUGCGAUCGGAAUACAGAUAAUAAUCUUUCUGGCUAUACAAGGCAACCUAUAUUUGUUCAAUUGCUUCAUGCGGCUUUUAAAGUUUCACAAUGCGCAUGGUUAAACGCUGGACAAAGAUUUAAUGUUGAGAAUUGUAUACGAACAUUAUCGGAUGUAGCUAAAGGAAGAGGCAUCGCUAUACCGACUGAUCUAGAAAGCCAAGUAGCUUCUAUGUUUAACAAAGCAGCUAUGCUUAGUAGACAGACCAGCAAAUGGUUACAAGCUGCUAAACAACCAAAGAUCGAGCGUAGUCAAAGUCAGCUUAUGCGUUUAGAUCGAAGCAUUAUCGAAGGUCUCCAGGAUAUAGUAUGUCUGUUAGAGGAACAAUUGAAACCAUUAGUACAAUCCGAAUUGUCUUUAUUAGUGGAUAUUCUCUAUCGACCUGAAUUAUUGUUUCCUGCAGCAACUGAUGCCAGAAAAAGAUGCGAAAAUGGUGGCUUUAUCAAAAGAUUAAUUAAACAUACUGAAAAGUUAUUAGAAGAAACGGAAGAAAAAUUAUGUGUCAAGGUCUUAAGGACACUUCGUGAAAUGAUGGCUAUUGAUCCCGAGUACGGAGAAAAGAACGAAGGUAUCUCGGAAGAGAAGGAGUCUGAAACGAAGAGCGAGUUACAAGUUGGAACAGAUUCCAAUGAUCAGUCUGAGAAUGAUCGACAAAUGACUCAGCAAGAGCCGGGAGAUGUAUUGAGAAAUAAUCUUCUGACGCGUUACUUCGGCAAAGGUUUUAUACAGAAACCGGAAAAUAUUGAUAUUGGAGUAUCCCGUAGUGCGACUAUCACCCAUGGUCCAGGAGCGAAAAUAUUAAGUCGAGCUGGUAGAACAUUACACGAAGUGCAAACCCAUCUUGAUCGCGAAGGAGCUUCAGAUUUAGUGGUAGAAUUGGUGAUUAAGAGUGUACAUUCUCCGAGCAUAUUCGUAGAAGCUGUAGAAUUGGGUAUUGCAUUAUUGGAGGGUGGAAAUCCCAUCAUACAAAAGAGUAUGUUCAAUAAACUAAUGGGAGGCGAUUUGAGCCAAUCGUUUUUCAAGGUGUUUUAUGAUAAAAUGAAAGAUGCUCAGCAAGAGAUUAAAUCUACCGUAACGGUAAAUACAUCCGAUAUGGCGGCUAAAGCACAUGAGGAUAAAGAGGGUAAAGAGAUAGAUAAGAUAUCCCGAAAACCUGAAUUAGGGAAGCCCAAUGGAAUGGUAAUAACUGACGAGGUUCGUGAAGAAUUAAAUCAAGUGUCCAAUGCACAGGUGUAUGCAAACAUGCAAAAUGGUCUUGCGCCUGGCGAAGACAUGGCAAAUAAUGCGUUAGAAGAUAUAAGUGAAAAAUUAGAUAGGAAUAAAAGUAGUGCGCCUGAGGUCGACGAGGGUCAAUUGAGCCCUAAAGUUUUAGUGAUGCAACCAAUUCUGCGUUUCUUGCAACUACUUUGCGAGAAUCACAAUAGAGAAUUACAGAAUUUCCUACGGAAUCAAAAUAAUAAAACAAAUUUCAAUCUGGUAUCUGAGACACUCAUGUUUUUGGACUGCAUCUGCGGCUCUACUACCGGUGGAUUAGGUCUCCUCGGUCUGUACAUCAAUGAAUACAAUGUAGCGUUGAUUAAUCAAACUUUGGAAACGUUGACAGAAUACUGUCAGGGACCAUGCCACGAUAAUCAAAAUUGUAUUGCCACACAUGAGUCCAAUGGUUUAGAUAUUAUAACAGCAUUGAUACUGAACGAUAUAAAUCCUCUAGAAAAGACCAGAAUGGAUCUGGUGCUGGAAUUAAAAAAUAAUGCCAGUAAAUUAUUGUUGGCGAUUAUGGAAAGCAGAGGCGACAGCGAGAACGCCGAAAGAAUCAUGUACAAUAUGAACCCGAAACAGCUUGUAGAUGUGGCGUGCAAAGCUUUCCAUCAGGAAUUGUUAGAUGAUAAUAGUGACGUUGAUGAUUCCUCGACAAAUGAAGAAGAAGGAGUGUCUCCUAAAGAAGUUGGGCACAAUAUCUACAUCUUGUGUCAUCAAUUAGCGCAACACAAUAAGGAAUUGGCAGUAAUAUUGAAACCAUCAGAGCAGAACAAUGCAGAUCCAAAAAUUAAUAAAGCAUUGCAGUACUAUGCAUCUCAUACAGCUCAAAUAGAGAUUGUGAGACACGACAGAACGCUCGAGCAAAUUGUCUUUCCGAUUCCGGAGAUCUGCGAACUUAUAACUGUCGAUACAAAAAUAAAAGUAUUAAAUACUACAGACCGAGAUGACCAAGGAUCGAAAGUUUCCGAUUUCUUUGAGAGGACAGAAGACAUGUUUAAUGAGAUGAAAUGGCAAAAGAAACUUAGAGGGCAAUCAAUGUUAUUCUGGAUGAGCAGUUAUAUGUCAUUAUGGAGUAAUAUUUUAUUCAAUUGCGCCGUUCUUAUAAAUCUUAUCGUAGCCUUUUUUUAUCCAUUUGUGGAUUCUGUGCCUAAACUCAGUUAUCAUUUGUCAGCUUUAAUUUGGACAGUUAUGCUCGCAUCUGCUGCUAUCGUUAUUACCUUGCCGAGAGAAUCCGGUAUACGUACAUUAGUUGCAUCAACGAUAUUGCGAUUGAUUUUCUCUGUAGGUCCAGAACCAACGUUAUGGUUGCUCGGUUUUGUUACGAUUUUAUUAAAAGUUGUACAUCUUAUAAGUAUUAUAGGUAAUCAGGGUACCCUGACUAAAAGUAUAGAGCAAAUAAUAACUAAUAUCGAACUUUUAUAUCAUGUAUUGUAUUUAAUAUUCUGUGUUCUGGGAAUUUUUAUGCAUCCGUUUUUCUAUUCAGUUUUACUCUUUGAUGUGGUUUAUCGCGAGGAGACUUUGCUCAAUGUAAUAAAAUCUGUAACUCGAAAUGGAAGAUCUAUCAUACUCACGGCUGUGUUAGCCUUGAUUUUAGUUUAUAUGUUUUCCAUUAUUGGUUUUAUGUUCUUUAAAGAUGAUUUUCUUGUUCCUGUGGAGGAGGAAGUUAUAUCUUCUAUUGAGCAAAAAAUUGCAGAUACUUGUAGUAUUGGUGAUAAGGAAAAAUGCGAAGCAACGGAAACUAUAUCACAAUAUGCUCGUGAAGCAAACCAACAAGAAAAUAAAGCUGAAGUGAUUAACAUCGGUGGAGAAUUGAAGGAACGAGCUUGUGAUUCACUCGUUAUGUGUAUCGUUACUACAUUAAAUCAAGGGCUGAGGAAUGGUGGUGGAAUUGGAGAUAUUCUACGAGCACCAUCCAGCAUUGAACCUUUGUUUGUUGCAAGAGUUGUAUAUGACUUACUAUUCUUCUUCAUUGUAAUAAUUAUCGUUUUGAAUCUCAUCUUUGGUGUGAUUAUUGAUACAUUUGCAGAUCUUAGAUCAGAGAAACAACAGAAGGAAUUGAUUUUGAAAAAUACGUGUUUCAUUUGUGGUUUGAAUAGAUCAGCUUUCGAUAAUAAAACAGUUUCUUUUGAAGAACAUAUAAAGCAUGAGCAUAACAUGUGGCAUUACCUCUACUUUAUUGUCUUGGUGAAGGUGAAAGAUCCGACAGAAUUCACAGGCCCAGAAUCAUAUGUUUACGCUAUGGUUAAGGAUCGAAAUUUGGAAUGGUUCCCGAGAUUGCGGGCCAAGUCAUUGGCGGCAGAUGAAGGUGAAGGUGAGCAAGUGGAAUUAAGAAGUUUACAGUCGCAAUUAGAAUCCACGCAGCUGUUAGUUAAAUGUUUAUCACAACAACUCAUGGAACUUCGUGAUCAGAUGACGGAGCAACGAAAGCAAAAGCAGCGACUGGGGCUUCUGAAUUCUGCUUCUGCAGUCUUACAUAAUGUAUCCACGUAAACUUAAGAUGUAUUUGUAGUUUCCGUAUUAUUCCGGACGAAUCUCAGUUUGAUACUCCAAGAUAAUAUAUAUGUAGCGAUAUUCAUGUGUUCUUAACAGGCAUUUAAAGACACGAGAAUGUAUCGAGUGGGUAACCCGAGGCAUUUUUACGGUUUUGUUCCUAAUUUUAAUGAAAGUAAAAUAUACCUAGGGCAUUAAACAUUAUCAUUCUCCUCUUUAUCAUAUAGGUUCUCGACCUGGUUUAUCGAUUAGCCAUCAAGGAAUUUGUACCAUAAAUUGCAUUGUUUACCUAUGUAUAAAUAUUGUUACAUAAAUAGAAGAAUUAAGCGUAUCCAUUAAAAGAUAGUAAAUAUA